CUCUCCCUGCCAACUCUCAUUAAUAUAUAAACCCUUAACCACCAUCCUUUCUCUCUCAGCUUGAGGUUCCCUUCUCCAAAGAGAACACCAAGCAUCACCUAACACACUACCACCAUCGAUAUGCAGACCCUUUCGCCCCACACUUCCAACGCGCUCAAUCUCAAGCUAGCCCUCCGCCCGCGCCACUCCCUCGCGCCAACCCGACUCUCAGUCAAAUGCCUUUUCGCGUUCGAGCCGCCAAGCCACGGAGUCGGCUCUACCCGAGCCGACUGGCAAAGCUCCUGCGCCAUCUUAGCCAGCAAGGUCGUUUCUCAGGAAAAAUCCUCCACUGACCAAAACGGCGGCACAGCCGACCACGUCGCCGCCGUCAACGGCCACAAGGCCGCCGUCAGCGACCUAAAUCUCGUUCCCAUCGGAAACCUCGAAGCCGACAGCAACAUCAGCAAGCCGCAGCCGCCGAAGCCGCUAACAAUCUCCGACCUCUCGCCGGCGCCUAUGCACGGCUCGAAGCUGCGCGUCGCGUACCAAGGCGUCCCCGGCGCGUACUCCGAGGCCGCCGCCGGGAAAGCCUAUCCGAACUGCGAGGCCAUCCCGUGCGACCAGUUCGAGGUGGCGUUCAGCGCGGUGGAGCUCUGGAUCGCCGACAGAGCGGUCCUCCCGGUGGAAAACUCCCUCGGCGGCUCGAUCCACCGCAACUACGACCUCCUCCUCCGCCACCGCCUCCACAUCGUCGGCGAGGUCCAGCUCCCGGUCCACCACUGCCUCCUGGCGCUCCCCGGCGUGAGGAAGGACUUCCUCACGCGCGUGAUUUCGCAUCCUCAAGCGCUGGCGCAGUGCGAGCACACGCUCACCAAACUCGGCCUGAACGUGGCGCGCGAGGCCGUGGACGACACCGCCGGCGCGGCGGAGUUCGUGGCCGCGAACAACCUCCGCGACACGGCGGCGAUCGCGAGCGGGCGCGCGGCGGAGCUGUACGGCCUGCAGGUGAUGGCGGACGGAAUCCAGGACGAUCCGAGCAACGUGACGCGGUUCGUGAUGCUUGCAAGAGAGCCUAUCAUUCCGCGCACCGAUCGGCCUUUCAAGACGAGCAUUGUUUUCGCGCACGACAAGGGGACUUCGGUGCUCUUCAAGGUGCUUUCCGCGUUCGCCUUUCGCAACAUCAGCUUGACGAAGAUCGAGUCGCGGCCCCACCGCAACCGUCCGAUUCGGCUGGUGGACGAUGCGAACGUUGGCACCGCCAAGCACUUCGAGUACUUGUUCUACGUUGAUUUCGAGGCUUCCAUGGCCGAGGUUAGGGCUCAGAACGCUUUGGCUGAGGUUCAGGAAUUCACCUCUUUCUUGCGAGUCUUGGGCAGUUACCCUAUGGACAUGACCCCCUGGACUCCCUCCUCCUCCCGUGCUGAUUAAUUUCCAUCGCCCUCUCUUUAAAUAUAUAUAUAUACUAUAUGUCUCAUAUCAUUCUGAAUUUUGUGAAUAAAACAACACAAAAACUCAUUAUUUUUAUUUU